CUCUUCCUGGCAGUGCAGUCCUCCUAACUCCCAGAACUUUCAUGCCGAGGAGCCAGCGAGGGGGGCGGCACUUCCGGUGCCGCCGGACUUCGCGUGCUCUGUGUUUCCGGUCCGGCGGGGAAGGCGGCUGCCGCAGGCUUUCCCGGUAUCGUGGGGUGCCCACGGCUGGCCCACGGCAGCAUGAAGCCCAGGCCGGCGGUGUUCGUGGACGGGAGGUUGAAGCAGCGGGUCGUUCAGUACCUCGCCAGUAAUAGAUGUGGCAAAUAUGUAGACACUGGAAUCUUAGCAUCUGACUUGCAAAGAAUGUACAGUGUAGAUUAUGGCCGAAGAAAAAGAAAUGCUUUUAGGAUUCAGGUAGAAAAAGUAUUUAACGUAAUUAGUAGUGAGAAAGAACUGAAGAAUCUUAAGGAAUUAGAAGAUGAGCAUCUGUCAAAAAGAGCAAGAAGAGACGAAGAUGAUGAGUACACUGAAAGCUAUUCUGAUGAUGAUUCAAACAUGGAAGAUUACCCAGAUCCACAGUCAGCAAAUCACAUGAACAAUUCCCUGCUAUCUCUGUAUCGGAAAGGAAACCCUGAUUCUGUUUCAAACACUCCGAAGUUGGAGCAGAGAGAAGCCACCACUUCAGUGCCGUUACUGACUUCUAAAACGGGCUCCAUGCCAUUGAAGACCCCUGCCAAAGAAUCUGAGGGAGGAUGGUUUAUUGACAAAACCCCAGGUGGAAAGAAAGAAAGUCUUCCUUCAGACCUAUCAGAUGACCAAAGCAACUAUAAAAAGCCAGAUUCUGAGACUUUAAAAGAUUCUUCUCUUCUGGAAAGUGAUAAGAAAAGGAAAGGUAGGCCAAAGAGCAAAGGAAACAAAAGAAAGACAGAGGAUCUUCAAGAAGUAGAUGGAGAAAUAGAAGCUAGUCUGCAAAAGAAAGCUAAAGCAAGGAGUAUAGAGUUGCAGAUUUCCAGUGUGAAGUUUGAAGAUGUUGGAGGCAAUGAUGCAACAUUAAAAGAAGUAUGCAAGAUGCUCAUCCACAUGCGUCACCCAGAGGUAUACCACCACCUUGGUGUAGUGCCCCCUCGUGGAGUUCUCUUGCAUGGGCCACCAGGCUGUGGGAAGACAUUACUUGCUCAUGCAAUUGCUGGGGAGCUUGAUUUGCCAAUUCUGAAAGUGGCUGCACCAGAGAUUGUGUCAGGAGUUUCUGGAGAGUCUGAGCAAAAGCUCCGAGAUUUAUUUGACCAGGCUGUGUCAAACGCACCCUGUAUUGUUUUCAUUGAUGAAAUUGAUGCUAUUACCCCCAAAAGAGAAGUCGCUUCAAAAGAUAUGGAACGAAGAAUUGUAGCCCAGCUUCUAACCUGCAUGGAUGAUCUGAACAACAUGGCAGCUACAGCUCGAGUCCUAGUUGUUGGAGCUACUAACCGACCAGACUCGUUGGAUCCUGCCUUGAGACGUGCAGGAAGAUUUGACCGAGAAGUAUGCCUGGGUAUCCCUGACGAGGCUGCCAGAGAAAGAAUACUUCAAACUUUGUGCCGAAAACUGAGACUUCCGGACACUUUUAAUUUUUGUCACUUAGCACACCUAACUCCGGGCUUUGUCGGUGCUGAUCUGAUGGCACUUUGCCGAGAGGCAGCCAUGUGUGCAGUCAAUAGGGUCUUAAUGAAGCAGCAGGAGCAGCAGAAGAGUCCUGAGAUGGAAGCUUUGCCCCCUGAAGGAGGCCAGGAGGAGAGGCAGGGGACCGAGCCCACUUCUGGAACCCAGGAUGAAUUGCAAAGCUGUUGAGGUUGCUAAGAGACCAAGAUCCCCUCUCACAAGAACAGAUGCAAGGACUAUGCAUUGAAUUAAAUGAUUUCAUUGUUGCUCUAGCGGAAGUCCAGCCUUCU